GUCCACGACUCUCAGUCUGGCUGUGGAAGGACUCAGACAGAAGAUUACUACAUGUUUUAUUUUAUUUUAUUUUUUACUGCAUGUGUUAUUUGACUACAUGUAUUAUUUGACUACAUUUAGUGGAGGAAAGACGCGUUGUCUCUGCUGAUUCGCUGGGACUGUACCGGGACUUUUCUCGCACUCCAGUGGAAGACAAAGGGUUGGAUGUUGACAGUGUUCCUGUCCUCCAGACGCAGACAUUUCUUAUUGUUUGAUUCUCGUCUUGAAAAAGCUGCUUUUCGUCCUCCUCGUCGGUGAAGAUGCCCAGCUCGCUGUUCGCCGACGGCAGCCUCCACGGAGACGCGCUGGACGAGCAGAGAGCUUUGCAGGUCGCCCUGGACCAGCUCUCUCUCCUCGGGCUGGACACCGACGACCACCCGCUGUGCGACCACGACGAGCCCCGGACUAAAAGUGUCAACAUGACCGAGUGCGUCCCGGUGCCCAGCUCCGAACAUGUGGCCGAGAUUGUAGGCAGACAAGGAUGUAAGAUUAAAGCAUUGCGGGCGAAGACCAACACCUACAUCAAGACCCCAGUCCGAGGUGAGGAGCCGGUUUUUGUGGUGACGGGCAGAAGGGAGGAUGUGGCGAUGGCCCGAAGAGAGAUCAUCUCGGCGGCAGAGCAUUUCUCCAUGAUCCGAGCUUCCAGAAACAAAAACACCAGCCUGAACGGGAAUGCCACUCCGGUUCCUGGCCCCCCUAACUUACCCGGACAGACCACCAUACAGGUGCGUGUACCCUACCGUGUUGUGGGUCUUGUUGUUGGACCCAAGGGCGCCACCAUCAAGCGCAUCCAAAAGCAGACCCACACUUAUAUUGUGACUCCGAGUCGGGACAAGGAGCCGGUGUUUGAGGUGACGGGAAUGCCAGAGAAUGUGGACCGAGCCCGAGAGGAGAUCGAAGCUCACAUCGCCAUGAGAACAGGAGGUGUCAUCGAGCUCCAGGAUGAAAAUGAUUUCCAUGCCAAUGGGACAGAUGUGGGUUUUGACCUGCAGGGACACCCCAACUCGUGGUCCAAGCCGAGCGCUGGGAUGACGCCCAAGCCCUUCUCCAAAUACCGCAACGACUCAUCCUCCUCCCUCGGCAGCGCAUCCACCGACUCCUAUUUUGGCUCUCGUAUGGCAGACUACAGCCCACCCAGCCCCACCCUGAGCUACACAACCAACAACAACAACAACAACAUCAGUGUCAACACAAACGGCAACAUCUAUGGAAAUGAGGUGAUCUCUCCCGACGGCACUGAGCUGACGUUUGAUUCACCACCACUCCUUGAAACUACUCCAAACCCCACUGGGAGUUUCUGGUCCCAGUAUGAAAACCGAAUCACCCCGUCCUCGACCAGUUCUCCGACCUCCACACCCGCAUUUUAUCCCAACAACGCCAACAACGUGAUGGUGAGUCAAAGACGGAUCGACAGAGACCAGCGAGAGUCCAGACUCUCACCUCCUCUCCACGCCGGUACCACCGAGCACCCGUUACCCCGACGGGCACCGAGCGACCCCACUGGAGACUUGCUGGGUUUUCCCGGCAACACCUUGGCAUCUCUGACGAGCGCUCACCUUCCGUACGACUCCUCUGCCUCCUCCUCGUCCUCCUCUACCUCGUCUAGCAGCCGAAAAAGCAGCCGUGACUGUUCGGUGUGCUUCGAAAGCGAGGUCAUUGCUGCGCUGGUCCCAUGUGGACACAACCUCUUCUGUAUGGAAUGUGCCAACCGCAUCUGCCAGAGAAGCCAACCCAAAUGCCCCGUCUGCCAAACCAGCGUCACUCAGGCCAUACGUAUAUUUUCAUAACACCUCACAACAAAAGACCUGGAUACGGUAUUAUUAAUCAUCAUCAAUGCAGAAAGUGUACAUAGCGUUACGGGCGGUUAUGUUCCGAGUGUCCAAAUGUAACUCGACUGGUCGUCCAACGGCUCUCUUAGGCGUCACACUAAGUGAGGUCUACCAACGUACCGUUAAGCAAAGUCUGGCCCGGGUGCCAUUUGCUACUUUUUGAUUGGCCCGUGGCAAGAAAGCAAGAAAUUCCAUUAUGUAUUUCAUCCAAUAACAAAACAGGGCUUUACAGCAUAAUAUUUGCGCUAAUCAAAUGUUGACAAAGUCCAGUAAUCCCUCACCACUUUCACUUUCAUGGCUUUACUCUAUCACGGUUUUGCAAAAAUAUUCAUUCAUUCAUUUUCUUCCCCUUAUCCUCGCGAGGGUGCUGGAGCCUAUCCCAGCUGUCUUUGGCCGAGAGGCGGGGUACACCCUGGACUGGUCGCCAGCCAAUCACAGGGCACAUAUAGACAAACAACCAUUCACACUCACAUUCAUACCUAUGGACAAUUUGGAGUGGCCAAUUAGCCUAGCAUGUUUUUGGAAUGUGGGAGGAAACCGGAGUACCCGGAGAAAACCCACAAAUGCACGGGGAGAACAUGCAAACUCGACAUAGAGAUGGCUGAGGGUGGAAUUGAACCCAAGCUGUGAGGUUUGGGUUACCACUCGACUAACUACUCGACCGCCAUGCAGCCUUGCAAAAAUAUAUUCACUAAUAUUACAUACAUAUUACAUUAUUAGUCUAUUGAAGCAAUUUUUUUGGACUAAAUUAAACAUUUUCAAGCAUAAAAAUAGCAAAAUGAAGUAAAAUAAAAAUAUAAGGCAUUCGGAAGGGACAUACUAAGAUGAUGGUAUGUUGUAUUCUACACUAGUCGCUAGGUAUCGCUAAUGUUACUGUAAUGUUGGAUGAGACACACAAGCACCGGAACAAUGAAUGAUCUUAGAACAAGCACAAUAAUCACAGUAAUACUGUUGCGGCCAUAACUCAACUCUGAACCCCCAAAGUCACUUCCUGUGCAACACCGAAACGCAACGCACACAAUCAUGAUCACAUGUCUUUUUGUCUUUUAUGAUGUCUACUUUUUGGGGGUAAUAGGAGUGUAAAGUUGACUAUAGGGGUGUUAUUUAAUGUGUAGAGGGCUCCAAUGAUGUUAAAAACUGUAAAAACUAUCUUAUAUUAUCUAUUUAAAAUGAAGGAAACCUACUUUGUGGAAAUUCACUUUUCAUAGUCGGGUUUGGAAUCAUAACCGAAAUAAAGAGUGGGGAACCUGCAAGCCACAAUCGCCAUCGACACUCCAUUUGCCGUGCCAUGUCUUUGACUUGAUGGAUUAUUUUCCGUCUAUCUAUAUUUCUAUUCAAGUCCAUUCAUCUCUCAAGUCUCAUAAUAAUAAUAAUAAAAGGAAGAAGGUGUGAUUUAAGGAAAUUCCCUUGUUGGACACCCCUGGCCUUUGGGUCUUGGACUGAAUAAAGGACUGUGUUGUAGUUUGGGGACAUAUUUGAAACCUGUACAUGCAUGUUUUAAAUAAUAAUCAAUAGCGCUAGUGGCUUGUAUCUUUAUAUUGAUGUGGCAGGAUGCAGGUACUGUUAGCACGGCGAGCUAACGGUCGGACAUAUAAAACUAGCUUGGCUCCUGUUUACAAACCACAAGAGGGAGUAUUAUCCCACACGCUUGCGUAUCAAAUGCAUUUCCUCAAAGGUUUGAAGUAACAAGAUAGAAGUAUUCGAUCCUCUUUUGACUUGAAAGUUGCAUUUCUUAUUACAAAGAUGUUUACAGAUAUUUUGAGUUCAGUGAACUUUUUUGUAGCUGGGUUUAUUUUUUUGGAAUUGAUCACUGUAUUACUUUAACUACACCCGGGUGAGGAAGAGAAGUUAUGUAUUACAUUUGACAGUAUUGUGUUGUGAUGGGAUGAUUGUUUUUUUUUAGGCUUUUAAAUAUGCUACACUUGGCAUAUUUUUUAUUCAGUAAUAUAAAGCAUAUUUUAUGCUAUAUUGUUAUUUUAAAAACUUUCAAAUGUACAAAUAUGACUAAGGUGAGGACAAAGAAACAAUGUAUGCUUUUUCAAAAUUUCUAUGAAUGACAUUUUGGUGGGAAUAACAGGCUUCUGUUGCACCACGACAGCUUUAGUAUUUCUAUUUUAAUACCUUUAUUUACCACUUGUUUACAUAUAUGUAGUUAUUUUAGUGUAAAUGGGCUUAAUUGAGCAAAUUUUAAGAACAGAAUAUAUUUUAUUUUAUGAUAAAGGGCCUUUAUCCUCAUGGUUAAUAUUUCCUGAGAUUUGAAAAUGUAUCAAGAGUUUUAUUUUUCUGACAUUUAAAAAUUAUACAUAAGUAACGGUGCUACUUGUUGCUUUUUUUCUUUGUUUGUUUGUUUUUUUAAGUAUUUCUAUACCAGUCAAAUAAAGAAAUGGUACAUUGGAAAGUGGUUAUUUAUUCCAGACUUGCCACAGUCGGUUAAUUCCUAAACUACAGCAGCCAGACGGGAACACACGUUGCCAAGAGUCAGGCUGCAAGGUGACUAUCUUGAUGCUCUGAUGGGGGAGGUUGGGGCCCACUAUGUCCCUAAACCCUAAAGGCUUAAUUAUGCUCCUAUGCCAACUUGCUAUACCCCGUCCAAACCCUCAAAGCGUGAUGUGUGCUUCCAAAACAUUUCAUCGACAUCAACAACAACACAGACUACAAAGCUGUGAUUGGUUGGCCGUUAUCAGUUUUUCCCUUUUGGGGAAUUAAUUUAUGAUUCAUUCAUUAUCCAAUAACAAUAAAUAAACCGUUAAGUCACCAAAAAAAAUCCAUAAAUGAACCAAGAUUACCGAUAUUGUCCUGGUGAGCAAAUCAAGCGCUCAGUUUUUCUCCUGCAUGUUCUCACUUUCCCUGAGCUCACUUAUAAACAAACAUUGACGGUUUCAGAGGAAGUCAUUUUGCAUGCUAGUUGCAUCAAAUGCUCCACAAUGUAGGAAAAAAACAUCAAGUGGUGUCACAAGAAAAAAAAUGUCUGUGACAAUAAUACAUUCAUCAGACAAUACAUGGAAAUGACCUCGAAAGUGCCCCAUAGAACAAUGGCAUGAAUGGAGUGAGCUUUGUGUCAGUUGGUGGAGGUGGGGCAGAAGAGUUAACCUCAUAUGGACUAAUGUAAGGUAACAUAAAUUAGUGAAUUGAAAUAUAUUGUCACCCUGGACUGGUGGCCAGCCAAUCACAGGGCACAUAUAGACAAACAACCAUUCACACUCACAUUCAUACCUAUGGACAAUUUGGUGUCGCCAAUUAACCUAGCAUGUUUUUGGAAUGUGGGAGGAAACCGGAGUAC